AUGUCCAUUCCACUGGUCCAACAAGCUGCCGUGGUUGAGAACCCCGGCGACAACUUUACAGUUGUCUUGCGCGACAAUGUGCCGGUCGGAGAUCCAGGUACAGAUGAGAUUCUCAUCAAGCUAAACUGCACAGGCAUUUGCCACUCGGAAGUCCGCGCUGUACUUGGAUGGGGUGUCUAUAACUCCAUCAUUGGCCAUGAAGGUGUGGGAACUGUCGUCAAGGCAGGUCCCAAUGUCUCGCCAUCACUAAUGGGACAGCGCGUGGGAUUCAAGUGGUUGUACAACGCCUGCGCCAAAUGUUCCGUCUGUCGACGCGGUUUCUUCCAGAAUUGCCCCAAGCAACUAAAUACCAGUCGACAUGUUCCUGGUACCUUGCAGCAAUACGCGAUUGCCGAUGCGCAGUUCAUCACUAAGAUUCCAGAUGGAGUGCCUGAUGAGGUUGCUGCGCCGCUGCUAUGUGCCGGUCUCACCAUGGCCGGUGCUCUCGCCCAUCUAGAAAACGAGCUACAGCCCGGUGACUGGGUUGUUAUCUCUGGAUCUGGUGGGGGUCUUGGCCAUAUUGGUGUUCAACUCGCUGCCCGGGUCAAAAAGCUUCGGGUCAUUGCAGUAGACAGUGGUGAUGACAAGAGGGACCUGAGUCUCUCCUCUGGGGCCGAGGCCUUCAUUGAUUUCAAGACCGAAAAAGUCUCAAAGCGAGUCCUCGAGCUUACCGAAGAGGGUGCGCACGCGACGAUUGUUGUCCCUGGUACGAAGGAAGCCUUUCAGAUGGCGCCAACUUUGGUGAGAAAUAUGGGGCACAUUAUCUGCGUUGGUCUUCCGCGGAAUGAUAUAGAGCUCCCUAUUUCAGCCACUGUAUGUGCUGCAAGAGGACUCACGAUCAAGGGUUCAUCGGUGGGGUCCGAGGAGCAAAUGACGGAGCUACUACAGCUCGCUCUUGAGGGGGUCAUCACCCCUGAAAUUGAGGUGUUUGACUUCUCAGAGGCACCAAACCUCAUUCAACGGAUUACGAAGGAUGCAAUUCUAGGGAGAGCAGUGGUUAAAAUUCCCUAG